UUGUAAGUUGUGUUGUAAGGACGAGCGUCAGUACAACUCCGGGCGAUGAGGCUGGAGUUAACUUAUUUGGUGCUGGUGCUCGGUUUGGCAGCCUUGGCCGGCGCACAGCAGCGGCCACAGUAUGAUUACUUGCCGCCUGAAAAUCCUCUCGAACCUGGAGCGAGCGGUCCAGGUUUCGACUUCCUAAAUCUGCCCCAACCGCCUGCUCCAACACCACCGCGUCCAGCACCAACACCACCGCGUCCAGCACCUACACCAGCGCGUCCAGUGCCUACUCCAGCGCGUCCAGUGCCUACACCGCCGCGUCCAGCACCAACACCAGCUCGUCCAGUGCCUACACCCCCACGUCCAGCACCAACACCAGCUCGUCCAGUGCCUACACCAGCGCGUCCUGAGCCUCCGCGUCCAGAGCCCCCGCGCCCUCGUCCAGCUCCUGCACCUACUCCUAGCGUUGAUCACCACCACCACCACCAUGAUGAUCACCACCACCAUCAUCACCACAGCGAUGAUCCUUUGGAAUGGCUACGUGAAGCCGUGCCUGGCGAGCCUGGCGACGACUAUCCCAUUUUCGGCGUCAUCCCUCAGACCUCAUUCGUUUGUGAGGGCAAAGUUGAGGGAUACUACGCGGACAUUGAAACACGCUGCCAGGUCUUCAGGGUUUGCUCCCUCAACUCGAAACUUCAAAUGCAAACUACUUCUUUCCUCUGCCCCAACGGAACGAUCUUCCAUCAAGAACAUUUCACGUGUAAGUGGUGGAAUGAAGUAGACUGCAGCGUCUCACAAACUUUCUACUCCCUCAACAACGAAAUUGGAGUGACAACUCCGCGGGCUCCAGGCUCGCCGGAUGCCAUUCCACCACAGCGUCCAGGUGCGCCUCGGCCUGUUCCAGCACCCGCUCCACCUCGACCAAUUCCAGCUCCUGCUCCACCUCGGCCAAUUCCAGCUCCUGCUCCACCACGGCCAAUUCCAGCACCCGCACCACCUCGGCCAAUUCCAGCUCCUGCUCCACCUCUACCAUUUCCAGCUCCCGCUCCACCUCGGCCAAUUCCAGCACCCGCUCCACCUCGGCCAAUUCCAGCACCCGCUCCACCUCGGCCAAUUCCAGCGCCUGCCCCACCUCGGCCAAUCCCAGCUCCCGCUCCACCGCGGCCUCUUCCGCCUCCAAUUCCAACUUCACCUCCAUUUUCUCCACCCGGUAUUGGAUUGCCGUCAUUCAACACUGACACUCUGCUCGGACUGCCUCAACCUGCAUACGGCCCAGCACCAACACCUGCUCCCCCCACGCCUCCACGUCUCCCUCAACCGCAACCCACUCAACCUCGUCCUACGCAGCCCCGUCCCACUCAACCUCGUCCAACUCAACCCCGUCCUACUCAACCCCGCCCCACUCAACCCCAACCUACUCCACCUCGGCCUACGCAACCCCGUCCCACUCAACCUCAACCCACUCCACCUCGACCUACGCAACCCCGUCCAACUCAACCUCAACCCACUCCACCUCGUCCAACUCCGUCCCGUCCCACUCAACCGCAACCCACACAACCACGUCCUACUCAGCCUCGUCCAAUUCCUACUCAACCUCCUCGUCCUCCUCCACCUCGUCCUACUCCAGGUCGGCCUGAACUCUCUCCUGGAGGCUUUCCAGAAACUCCAGGUUACUCCUACCCUGACCCUCCAUUCGGUCUUUACCAAACUCCCAAUCUGGGCAAACAAAUUUCGUGAAAAAACUGCUUACUGAAACCAAAUUUACGAUAUUGACCACUUGGAUUUGAACCCCCAAGGCUGCAUGGAUUUCGUUUUUCAUUUGACUUAACUCUGCAAGCCAUUGCUUGAUUAGAAACACUUAAAAAUCCAGAAACUGUGAACAUUUUUGAUUGGUCAUCAGAUAUUUUAUUGCAACACAUGAUACAGUGGGAUAUUUGAUAGACAGCAUAUGACGCUCUGUAAGUUACAACUUCAACAUGUACAAGGAGUAAACUGUGAUAGCUACGUAGGUUACCUCCACGCUGUGUGAUUCUCUGGAUAGAAUGUACAAUACUACGCUCUUUUCGAUAGCAUUAAGAACAACGACUUGUACAGCGCACCAUUUACCACUCGAUUUGUAUUAAAUAAUUAUGAACC